AUGCAUUCCGACGACGAAAACCCGCCGCCGGCGCGCGCGACCGAUCCGCUCCUGGGCAGCAGCGCCGAUCCACGCCGCGAUGUUGCCGCCGCCUCGCAGCAGGAAGUCGACGUGCAUGAGCGCCGCCGCCUCGAGUCCAGGCUCUACGUCUCCCACACCCUGUCCGCGUGGAACUCGCGGCUCUUUGAGUUUGGCGCCGUCCUCUUCCUGGCGUCCAUCUUCCCGCAGACGCUCCUCCCCAUGUCGCUGUACGCGCUGGUGCGCAGCCUCGCCGCCGUUGCCCUCGCGCACCCGGUCGGCGCGCGGAUCGACCGCGGCCACCGCCUGCGCGUCGUGCGCGCGUCCAUUGUCGGCCAGCGGCUGCCCGUGGCGGCGAGCUGCGGGAUCCUUUGGCUGCUGGCGGAGCGGCGCGCGGCAGAAGCGUCGCCGCAUGUCGUGGGCGUGCUGCUGGCGCUGCUGUGCGCGCUGGCGGGCGUGGAAAAGGUGGCGGCCAUGGCGAAUACCAUUGCCGUCGAGCGGGAUUGGGUCGUGGCCAUGACGGGAGAAGAUGAGGGCUGGCGACGAGUCAUAAAUGCGCGUAUGCGUCGGAUUGACUUGCUGUGUAAACUGUUGGGGCCGUUGGCCAUAUCACUCAUCGCGACGAUAUCGACUCCUUUCGCGAUUGGGGCUACGCUUGCCAUGAAUGUGUCGUCGGUGCCUUUUGAAUAUAGCUGCAUUGCCAAGGUAUAUAAAAACGUUAACGCUUUGCAAAAUAAUCACACGGAUCUUUUCCCGGCGCAGGAUGCCGCCUCACCGUCCGUUGUCACUCGCUUCAGGACAUUCAUGGCAGCCAUUGUCCCUAUUUCGUCUUUGACCGACUACUUUAGACACUCAGCAUUUCUACCCUCCUUUUCUCUAUCCCUGCUCUAUUUCACAGUUCUCUCAUUUUCCGGACAAUUCAUCACCUUUCUCCUGUCUAUCGGCUUCACGCCAUUGCACGUCGGCAUCGCCAGGACGGGCAGCACCGUGAUCGAGCUCAGCGCUACGUGGGCGGCCCCGCGGCUCAUGAGCUACAUGGGCCCUAUCCGCGGUGGAAUAUGGAGCCUCAGCUGGCAAAUGAUAUGCCUUACGCUUGGACUAGGCAUGUUUCUUCGCGAUGGCUUUGGCACCGAUGCUCAUCACGCAUGGACAUCGGUCGCUGGGCUCAUCGUCUGCAUUGCGCUGAGCCGUCUCGGCCUAUGGGGAUACGAUCUCUGUGCACAAACCAUAGUUCAAGAGGAAGUCGAAGACGGCAAUCGAGGCGCAUUUUCGAGUGUCGAAGCCUCUUUUCAGAAUUUGUUUGAGCUGCUCUCGUUUGCAGUGACGAUUGCAUUUUCCCGUCCCGAGCAAUUCCACUGGCCGCUUGUCAUUAGCAUUGCAGCUGUAUACAUCGCCGGCGGGCUGUAUGCCUUCUUUGUCCGACAUCGUCGCGGGCAUCUGUUCCACCCACCGGCUUGUCUGAAGGUAGAGACGGAGCGCUGA